CUAAUACGUUACAACUACUGGUUAUAGACCUUGCACUGCCCUCCCUCCCUCCCUCCCUCCCUGCCUCAUCGCCAGAGAUAUAUCGAGAUCUGCUUCUCCCCCCCUCUCUCUCUCUCUCUCUCUCUCUCUCUCUCUCUCUGAGUGUGUGUGUUUGUGUUUGUGUUUGUGUUUGUGUGUGUGUGUGUGGGACGGAGAAGAUGAAGGGGUGGUACGUCGUAGUGUUGGUUGUACUUUGCAGUGCGAUAGAUGUGAGAUCCGAUUCAUCGAAUCACAGGUACAAAGCUGGAGAUCAGGUCCCUCUCUAUGCUAAUAAGGUCGGACCUUUCCACAACCCUAGUGAAACGUAUCGCUACUUUGAUCUCCCAUUCUGUUCUUCAGGUGAUGUGAAAGACAAAAAGGAAGCUCUUGGUGAAGUGCUGAAUGGGGAUCGUUUGGUUAGUGCCCCCUACAAACUAGACUUUCUAGUUGAUAAAGACUCUGAAUCUGUUUGCAAGAUGAAGUUGACAAAGGAACAAGUUGCUCAAUUCCGAACUGCUGUCCAGAAGAACUACUACUUUGAAAUGUACUAUGAUGACUUGCCCAUCUGGGGUUUCUUGGGGAAGGUUGACAAGGAAGGCAAAGUUGACCCCAGCGAGUACAAAUAUUACCUCUUUAAGCAUCUUCAUGUUGAGAUCCUGUACAAUAAGGAUCGUGUCAUUGAGAUUAAUGCACGAACUGACCCUAAUGCGCUUGUGGACCUUACGGAAGAUAAGGAAGUUGAUGUGGAAUUAAUGUACUCUGUGAAAUGGAGGGACACAAACAUUCCUUUUGAGAAUAGGAUGGACAAGUACUUGCAGUCUUCUUCACUGCCACACCACUUGGAGAUCCACUGGUUCUCAAUUAUCAACUCAUGUGUGACUGUUCUACUAUUGACUGGCUUUCUUGCCACAAUUCUAAUGCGCGUCCUUAAAAAUGAUUUUGUUAAAUAUGCCCAUGAUGAAGAGACUGCUGAUGACCAAGAGGAAACUGGGUGGAAGUACAUCCAUGGCGAUGUUUUCAGGUACCCGAAGUGCAAUUCUUUGUUUGCUGCAGCCCUUGGAUGUGGCACCCAACUUUUUGCCCUCACAAUUUUUAUCUUUAUACUUGCACUUGUCGGCGCAUUUUAUCCAUACAACCGGGGAGCUCUUUUUUCUGCACUGUUUGUCAUAUACGUGCUUACAUCUGGGAUUGCAGGCUACAGUUCAGCCUCUUUUUAUCACCAGCUUGAAGGAACAAAUUGGGUGAGGAACUUAUUAUUGACAGGAUGCCUGUUCUGCGGACCUCUGUUUCUGACAUUCUGCUUCCUUAAUACUGUUGCAAUUACUUAUGGUGCCACUGCAGCACUGCCAUUUGGUACAAUUGUGGUGAUAAUUCUCAUAUGGACUCUGGUGACAUCACCAUUGCUAGUAUUUGGAGGGAUUGCUGGAAAGAAUAGCAAAGCUGAGUUUCAAGCUCCUUGUCGGACCACAAAAUAUCCCAGGGAGAUCCCGCCAUUGCCUUGGUAUCGUGGAAGUCUUCCUCAGAUGGCAAUGGCUGGAUUUCUGCCUUUCAGCGCCAUCUAUAUUGAACUUUACUAUAUAUUUGCUAGUGUCUGGGGUCACAGGAUUUACACCAUUUACAGUAUACUGUUUAUAGUCUUCAUUAUUCUUCUAAUUGUUACUGCUUUUAUCACGGUGGCAUUGACAUAUUUUCAACUCGCUGCUGAAGACCAUGAAUGGUGGUGGAGGUCUUUCCUUUGUGGUGGAUCCACUGGUUUGUUCAUCUAUGGGUACUGCUUGUAUUACUACUACGCACGAUCAGAGAUGUCAGGAUUUAUGCAAACCUCGUUUUUCUUUGGGUACAUGGCUUGCAUCUGCUAUGGCUUUUUUCUUAUGCUUGGAACUGUUGGUUUCCGUGCUGCUUUGUUCUUUGUCCGUCACAUAUACCGCUCAAUCAAAUGUGAGUAGAACGUUGGAUGGUUGGUCUUCUAUGUUGAACAGGGGUAGCCUGUGUUUCCCAGAAUUCUGUUUUGACUUGUUCAUGCUGGGCGUCGGAAGAAAGUGCACUUGACAUGAUUUACAAAUUUGGGAUGGUUUCUGUGGACGAAGGGACCAAAUAGGACCCCUCUUCUGGAGGAAGCUUUAUUUAGUCUACUACAUGUGGCCGCAUUUUGUGGAAAACUCUUCCCCUUGUUGUGUUUUGACUCAAUAAAUUGAUAUAUUAGUUUAGAUUAAUCCAAAGAAUUCGAUUUUGUUUUAUAGUAUGAAAAGCAUAUUUGAACAUCAGCACAUCCAGUGUGCAAGGUACAACACUCUGUUCUUGAUGUUCUUGUUGAGUUUUACUUUUGCAGUCGCUCUACUGUAGGCUAUGGCAUAUGUUUCUGGCACAGAGAUUGCGAAUUUCUAAAUAAUUUGGGUGCCAUGGUGUGUGU